CUGACAGGCAGGCAGCUCACCCAAUGGGAGGGUGGCGGCUAUUAAAGGGCAGGCGACCCGGAGGGGCGAGUCGGGCGCAGAUCACCUCAAAAUGGAUACCUCUGAAUCUUUCAUACAUGCUCCCCACCCCGAAAACAGGAAGCCUGACAAAUAGGAAAAUACUACAAAGUGAAGAGAAAAUUCACUUCACAAGAACUCGGCUUUCAUUGGCUUCUAAAUUUUAUUUGUAUUAAUAACUGAUUAGUUUCAGAUCAUGUCUGUAGUCUCCUGUGGUGAAAUUACUAGGUUAAAGCUGGAAAAAAUGAAACAAUUAAAAAGAAAAAGAAAAAGCAAUUUUAGCGUUCAGGAAACUCAAACUCUCCUUAAGGAAAUCAGAAAAAGGAGAGAAGUACUCUUUUCAAAGCAACUUAAUACCACAAUUAAUGAGAUGAAAAGGAAAGCUUGGGAGGAAAUAGCAGAGUGUGUAAAUGCUGUAGGUGAAGGAGAGCAAAGAACAGGGACAGAAGUGAAAAGGCGAUACCUUGACUGGAGAGCACUCAUGAAGAGAAAACGUCUGAAUGCAAACAUCAAAGUAGUAGGUGCUGGCUUUCACCUUCCUUCAUCCAAUUUAGAUGACUCUCUCAAUGAAGACAUGGAUGAGAAAAUGGGAUUUGCAAUUGAAUCUAGUUUUGAAUGGCAGAAUAUCACUGACUUCAGAGAAGCUGGUGGAUCUUUAACAGAAAUCAAAGUAGAAGAGGAGGAUCCACAGAAUUUUGAAUUUCCUAUUGAGGAAGAAGAAGAAAUUUUGUCAUCAGUUUUGCCAGAUUCAAGAAAGGAGAAUGACUUACCGGACUUCCCCCACAUUGAAGAGUUUGGAAAUCUAAGCUCCGUUCAAGCUAGGCUAGCCUAUGAAGAUUCUCACUUGCUUAUAAAUCUGGAGAAGCAGAAGGUGGAGCUGGAGAAGCAGCGACUAGACAUUGAAGCCGAAAGGUUGCAAGUGGAGAAGGAGCGCCUGCAAAUCGAAAAAGAACGGUUGCGGCACGUUGACUUGGAGCGUGAGAGACUUCAGAUUGAGAAGGAGCGACUUCAGAUUGAAUGGGAGAAACUCAGGCUAGAGACUCUGCAUGCUGAAAAGCCUGCCCUGGAGAAUGACCUCACCCAGACAGAAAAACCCAUCGUGCAGCCUCUGGAUCUAGAAACUGAAAAGUUAAAACUUGAGAAAGAACGCUUGCAGUUAGAGAGGCUGCAGUUCCUAAAGUUUGAGUCGGAGAAGCUGCAGAUCGAGAAGGAACGCUUGCAAGUGGAGAAGGAGCGCCUUCGAAUUCAGAGAGAGGGUCACUUGCAGUGAACCUUUUGACUGAAGUGUCAAUGUUAGUGUUUUGAUGUUUGUAAAAUAGAGGUAGUUCUUUCUUAUUACUGAAACUGUCCUAGAGGCUUAACGUUCUUAUGUUCAGAGUUGAAUGCUGAUGUUAAACUGAAAAAGGAAAAAAAAAAAAAAGAAAAUAGAAUGGUGCUCAAUAUGUCAGUGUGCCUACAUAAAUGAGCUUAUGUGUGAAAUUGGUUUUCAGUGUAUCAGAACUAAGUGUUAUGUUCUCUUGUCUUCAGUAUCAUGUUGUAUUAGUUUGCUGUCCUCCUCUCAUAGGCACAUUGAGAAGAAUCAAGGCUGAGCCUUGUGCUUUUUUCACUGUACUAACAGUAAGGAAGCAUCAGAAUAAAUCAACAUAUGUUGUGAGGGCCUGGUGCUGACGAUAGCCCACACAGUAAAUAAGUUAGACAGAACACAAUAGCACAGAGUCAUGAUGCGAUUGAUUCAUUAAACUUAAUUUCCCCUUUUUGGUUUCUUUUCCACCCCUACAAUUGGAAAAAGAGUUCAAGAAUUACCUAAAAGUGAAAGUACAAGCUAAAUUCACUACAGUUGUGUUUACUGUUGUUCCAUGGCUUGAACUGAAUGGGAGUGCAGAAAAUAGUAUUAUUACUCUUGCAUGAAGUAUUCAUAGGAGAUAAAGUUACACAUCAACCAUACCUACUAUAAGCUGGACUGUUGGUUGCACCAGGUCAUUAAUAAUGCUAUCUGGAAUCUAGCACCUCUCUUAGUAUAGCAUAGGGAUACACUGAUUGAUCAGGUGUGCUGUCUUGUGAGUCUGUGGUGACCUGAAGUAAAUUGGUUGACCUGGUUUGUUCCUUGAAAGACAGUAGCUGGUGCUGGGAGUCUUGGGAGUGGAGCUACAGAGGCUGAGCCCAGCCUGAGGAGCACUGAGCUCGAACACCAGCGCUCGUCACGUUAGUUCUGCCUGGCCAGCACUGAGGUCAGGUCCGUGAGGCAGCCAGAAGGGGCUUCUGUGGCUGACACCAUAUAGUAUGUUUUCAUUAGACAAACAGAAAUGGUCAGUGCUGAAGGCUGUCCAUAUUUUUCAUAAGCUAUGUAUUCAUUUAAAAUAAUAAAAAAAAAAGCACAUCAAGGAAGCUUUCUAUUAUUUCAUAUAUGUUUAAAUCUCUACUGAGCCAGACUUUACAUUUCUCGUCUUUCUGCAAGUAACCAUCUUUUGUUGACUCCAUUUGAAAUUUAGGACUAUGAGAAUACUAAGUCUGAAUGUAUGUUGAGUGACUUACGUGAAUUCUUGUGCAAGUAAAUAUAUUUUUACCACUACACGAUUACUUUUAUUCUGCAAGGAAAAUGUUAUUUUUUUUAAAUUACUGAAAUAAGUGUGC